AUGGUCCAAGGUCCACAAACAGAAGGCUAUGAGCACGAUGAUGCCUGGGGCACCAAUUGGCUGAGGGUUGACGAGACCCAUGAGCUUUACUACGAACAGUACGGUAAGAAGGAUGGAAAAGCAGGUAUACAAGACUUCAAGACAUUCAUCUAUCUGCAUGGUGGUCCCGGAGGCCACAUUUCGAAGGGCAAUACGUCAUUCUUCAACCCCGAGCACUACCGUGUAGUCUUGCUUGACCAGCGUGGAUGCGGACAGUCACGACCAAAUGCGAGCACCAUCAACAACACAACUUGGCACCUGGUCUCUGACAUUGAAGCCCUCAGAGAGCACCUGGGCAUUGCCAAGUGGCAUGUGGUCUUUGGAGGCUCUUGGGGCUCGACGUUGGCACUCGCAUACGCUCAGACACAUCCAUCUUCUGUUGGUUCACUGGUCCUACGCGGCAUCUUCGCAGUUCGAGACCUCGAACUGAAGUGGACCAUGGUUCCAGGAGGGGCCAGCAUGCUCUUCCCUGACCGCUUCGACGAGUUUAUAAACUUCCUCCCCGAAGAGGAAAGAGCUGAUCAUGUCGCAUCUUACCACAAGCGUUUGAUAUCUUCUGACGAGAGUAUCAGUCAUCCAGCUGCGAGAGCUUGGAACAAGUGGGAAGUUUCUAUCAGCACUCUGUAUCCAAACAUCAAGGGCCUGGCUCAGCUUGAUGAUGCAUCGUACAACCUGGCACACGCAAGGACGGAAGCACAUUACUUCCAGAACAAGGCUUGGUUGGAAGACGGCCAGCUGCUGAAGAAGGAGAACAUCGACAAGAUCCGCCACAUUCCCACGACUAUUAUACAAGGCCGUUACGAUGUGGUCUGCCCGCCUAUCACUGCUUGGGAGCUGCACAAGGCCUUCCCGGAAUCCAAGCUGCAUUGGGUCUCCGAUGCUGGGCACAGCGCAACGGAGCCAGGAACGAAGAAGAAGCUCAUCGAGGCGUGCGAGGAAUAUGCUAGUCUGUCAAUCUAAUCGAACCCAGACGAGGAUAUGUGCAAAUUCUGAGACGAAGAGAGCUCCGAGUGGAC